AUGGCAGCGUUGGAGGAAGCUCGUAGGAUUGACCCCUUGACAGCCAUAAAUGAAAAUGUCUGGGAAGCCAUUGGCCAUCUUUACGUGCAGCAGCUUGCUGUUCGCGUCGCUCAUAGGCGCCCAAAGGCGCGUAAACAUAUUCACCCUAGUGACUUGCAUGGAAACGCAUCCUGCUUCACGCUUAACCAGAAAAGCUCAUUGGUUACCCUAGACUACGGUACCGAAGUUGGGGGAUUCCCCUUCUUCCAUGUGGACUCUCUAUCCACUGCAGUCCAGAUCGAGGCCAAGUACACCGAAUCCAAGACCGGUCUUGACGAGUCGUUUGGUGAUGGCCCAUGGACCUUCUCCAACGGUCUCUCUAAUACCUUCCGCGUCGAAACAUUCAAUGUCACCUCACCCGGGACGGUGGAAUCAUUCUUCAUUCAAGGGGGCCUUCGCUGGCAGAACCUCAAGCUCCUCACAGAUGGCAGUGUUCGCAUAUGCGAGGCUGGUAUCAAAUCUGGAAAUGACCGCACUCCGGUAAACAAACUGCCAGGGUUUUUCGAGAGCUCAAACAGUUUCCAGCAAGCAUGCAUUGCUGCAGAUACCGCACCAUCAACGUGGGAAGUCACUGAAGAAGGAGUGUUUCUUCGUGGACAGCAACCUGCUCAAUCAGUGGAAGGAGCGUCCUUCGGAAACUACACCAUGACCUUCCAGACCAAGAUUAUCCGUGGAGGAACAGGCUGGAAGGUCGCCGCUGGUGUGGGCGGAUUUGGUCCUUAUUUUGUUCUUACCAGUGAAUACCCUGCUGGGUCGACAUUUGUCAAUACCAAUCGAACGAUCGUCCCUGCAAACACACUAGCUGUCAGUUACGGGUGGAACCUGGUGAAUCAGACCUCUCUCACCACCGGAAAAGUGAACCAUUAUACCUUACCUUUCAACAUUAAGGAGGGAGAAUGGUAUGAGAUCUCGACUUCUAUCAAUGCGACCGGAUACACUGUUAUCAUCAAUGGAACCGAGACAUUUGUGGCACUGGAUGACCUGCAAAUCGUAUCUGGUAGUACUGGCUCUGGCAGUCUGACAGGCGGUACCUGGGGGUUUGGGCCAUACCAGGAUCAAAUCGCUCUUGUCAAGGAUGUUGAGGUCCAUGCACAGAAUGGUACCCAGCUGUACCAGAAUUCAAUGACGCUCAGCUCUGUCCUCGAGGAAUAUGGGGUGAUGGCCAAUAAGCACACCGUCUGUCUAGAUGGCGCGAAAAGGGACCGUCUUGUCUGGAAUGGUGAUUUUGUACACACUUAUCGCGUCAUCCAGUCCAGCACCUAUCGCUCCGAUUUUAUAAGAGAAACCCUAGAAUACUGGAUUGACCGUCAGGCACCGGACUCGUCGCAGUACGCUGGCUACUUAAGCAUGUCGCCUGCCAUGGGCCAGUCGGCGAAAUAUGUUGACACGUAUGCUUCUUUCGGACUUCUUGAUUACCAGCUUUUCCUUCUCAACGUAUUUGCUGGUCACUACAGAAACUCUGGCAACAAAGCGUUUGUGGCCAAACAUUGGACAAAGAUCAAGAAGGGUGUGGCAGCUAUCCUGCCAUUGAUCGAUGGUCAAUCUGGACUGGCCGUCGCCACCGACGUCGGGGGAUUUUUCUCGGGACCCGACAAUGGCACUGCAGUAUCGGGGCUACUUGCCCACACACUCGACCAGAUGGCCGAUGUAGCGUCCGCGAUGAAUGAGACAGAUGUCGCGACAAUGUGGAGUCAUUCCGCGACUUUAGUCAAAGCUGCGAUCAGCCAACGGCUCUGGAAUCCUCGCUUGGAAUACUAUGCGACUGACCUGAGCAACCUGACCGAGCAGUCUAUCACCGGCACUGCCUGGGCUAUUCUUGCGGGAGUCACCAAUGCCACGCAAGCAGAAACCUCCCUCGCGGCAUUAUCCUCUCUUCGGCUUGGAAUCGGCUACAAAACGUCGAGCUCCGUUGCCAACGCAUCAACAACUAAUCUUGCGCCUUUUCUCACCGGUUUCCUCUUAGAAUCAAUUUUGCAGGAGAGUCGCAAUAGCCCCAACUCAAGCCAGGCCAGAUCUACCGCUAUCAGCGUGCUCCUUGACCAACUUUGGGCUGCGAUGGUGACCCAGGAUGAAUACUAUACUGGUACAACUUGGGAAUACCUUUACCCUGAUGGCCGACCCGGGCUUGACCUCUACACGUCGCAUGCACACCCCUGGGCAGCUGCGCCGACGUACGUUCUCUCGGAAUAUGUGCUCGGUGUUCAGACGACUGCGGCUGGAUUUUCCGAGUGGGAAUUCCGUCCCGCAAUGUUGGAUGUGAAUGUUUCAUGGGCACGGGGAAGAGUGCCCACUCCUCAUGGGGCGAUCCAGGCUAGUUGGCGGAUAAAUGGGGCAAGCGUACAGCUGAGCGUGUGUGGCCCUAGUGGUACAGAGGGUACUGUCAGGGUGCCAUUUAAUAUCAAGUCGUAUUCAGUAAAUGGAGAACAACAGAUCGAUAGCAAGGACGGCUUGGAGGUCCAUGUGUCUGGCGGGUCAUGUACUGAUAUCCAUGCCGUCAGAGGUUGA